UGUCCUCUCUCUCGCCCGCCCGUUUCUGUCACACUUGCUCUCUCACCCUCCCUCCCUCCCUCACUCUGACUCUCUCUCUCUCUCUCUCUCGCUCCGCUGCUCUCCUCGUUAAGAGCGGCCCGGUCUGUCCGUCUGAUCGCAGACCGUCCAGCCCUCUCUGGGAAGAGCAGAGCACACGCUGACAGGAACGCUUGCGCACACACACACACACUCACGCUCUCUCUCUGUCUCUCUCUUUCUCUCCCUCCCUCUCCCUCUCUCAUACACACACGCACACAAGCAAGCUUCCACCAGUCAGGAGACAUAGCCUGUACCAGUAGCCCAGGAUGGAUGUCCUGAAGAAGGGAUUCUCCAUGGCCAAGGAGGGGGUGGUGGCGGCGGCAGAGAAGACCAAAGCUGGUGUGGAGGAGGCUGCUGCCAAAACCAAAGAAGGGGUCAUGUAUGUAGGUACAAAGACAAAGGAAGGAGUGACCGCUGGAGUAAAUACAGUGGCUCAGAGAACGACCGAGCAGGCCAACAUCGUUGGAGAUGUAGCCGUGGCGGGUGCCAACGAGGUGUCCCAGAAAACAGUGGAGGGAGUGGAGAACGUGGCACUCUCAACCGGAUUUGUCAAGGCGGACGAGCCCGGAACGGAGGGUGACCUGUCCCAUGGUCAGGGGGGCGCGGAGCAGGCUGGAGACGCAGCAGAGCAGGGGAAUUAGCCCAUUGUCCAGGGACCAGCAGCAAUCCCCCCCAUCCCCCCUCCGCUGCCAGCAGGAUUGCCCCCCACAUACCCCCACCCCAACCCGAAAUCUCCUGAGACCCAGGCGUCUCCUUGCCUAUAUGUUUUUGUGACUCCAUGGAAACCGAAACGUCUAUAGGACUCUCUCCGUCCUCACGCCCGGCCCUCCCCUCCACAGACUGCGGGUGCAUCCGUGGGUUCGUUCCGACACAAACCCCCCCCCCC